ACCUUGCGUCAAUUUUUUCUAGGGUUUUCACUCUUCUCACGCUCGCAUUCAUUCUUCGCCUCUCAUUUUCCCUCACAUACUAUCGACCCUUAGUCCAGAAUCAUGGCGGACCGUGGAGCAGGAGGAGAUCGUGGCGGUUUCGGACGCGGCUUCGGCGGUGACAGAGGCGGCCGUGGGCGCGGCGGAGACCGAGGCGGCCGUGGCCGUGGCGGCCGCCGCCCUCGCCGUGAAGCCGAGGAGGAGAAGUGGGUCCCAGUGACGAAGCUCGGCCGUUUGGUGAAAGACGGUAAGAUCAAAUCCAUUGAGCAGAUCUACCUGCACUCCCUCCCAAUCAAGGAGUCCCCAAUCAUCGAUGCUCUGGUGCCGGCGUUGAAGGACGAGGUCAUGAAAAUCAUGCCGGUCCAGAAGCAGACCCGAGCCGGACAGAGGACCCGGUUCAAGGCCUUCGUUGUUGUCGGUGACGGAAACGGCCACGUCGGACUCGGAGUGAAGUGCUCGAAGGAGGUGGCGACUGCAAUCCGUGGCGCCAUCAUAUUGGCUAAGCUCUCUGUCAUUCCUGUGAGGAGAGGUUAUUGGGGUAACAAGAUCGGAAAGCCACACACAGUGCCGUGCAAGGUCACCGGAAAGUGUGGAUCUGUCACCGUGAGGAUGGUUCCGGCGCCUCGUGGAGCUGGAAUUGUGGCGGCGCGUGUGCCUAAGAAGGUCCUUCAGUUUGCUGGAAUUGAGGAUGUCUUUACCUCCUCCCGUGGAUCCACCAAGACACUCGGAAACUUCGUCAAGGCAACAUUCGAAUGUCUGAUGAAGACCUAUGGAUUCCUUACCCCAGACUUCUGGAAGGAGACUCGAUUCUCGAAAACACCUUUCCAAGAGUACACCGACCUUCUCGCAAAGCCCACAAGCAAGAUUGUUCACGUUGUUGAUGAAGUCGAGGCCUGAGCUUGAUCUAUGAACCUAAAUUGUUAGGAUGUUUUUGUUUUAGUUUAUAAGUUCAAACUUUUUCUCUUAUGUUUUGUUGGAUACUUCCGUUUAUUCCCCCGGUUUAUUUUUUUUUAUGACAAACAGGUAUGUUUAUCUUUAAAUUGAGUUGGGAUACUUGUCUUGGUUUUUGCUUUCGUUGAAGAGAUUUUGUCUGUCUUGAUUCA